AAGAAGUUAGGGAGUAGGUGUGUGUAAUCUCUGCUGUGUUAACAGUUGAAGUCAAAACAAAAAACGACCACGCCCCCUUGUGAGAGCAAAACAUCACUGGUUGCAAUGCAUUUAAAUGCAGAAUACUGUAUUUUGUUAAUCCGAUAUUAGCUACCAACGGCGUAUAUGUGCAAGUUUAUAUUGUUAAGUGUAUGAAAUGAAAUAUAAUGUUGUGUUGCAAGACUGUAACGUGUGAUUUUUUAGUAGAAAUAAGGCAAUAAAUCCCGAUAUAUGUAAUGACGAAAUGGGUUAUAAAAUUAAUUUAUUGCUUACUUAACAGCAUUCAGGUAGGGUGCAUUGAUGUUAUUUAGGCAGUAUGUUGUGUCAAUAACAUUAUAGUACCCUUGUUUACAUUAUUUGUGCUUAAAGAAGGUUUUUUUUCGUCAUUUCAUUUAUCGGACUAUUACAAUGUUAAAGAUAGUAGCUUAUUACCUACAUGUUACUGUAAACGAAAUGAACAAAUUAACUGAUAUUUACAUUCUGGUCAUAAUUAUUAGGCCUAUGUGUAUGGAUGGAUUAGCUGUCACGAGCCCACUCGCCUAUAUUAACAUGUAAAUGCUACAACUUUUGCAUUUUAUUUAUAUAUUUAUUUAUUUAUUUAUUGCAGUGGCCACGCAAUAGUAAACAUACCAGUAGUUUCUUCAGAGCUUAAUUAGUCCUUUGCACGAAUAUUUCACUUUAGGAGCCAGUACUGUAAAGUAACAGUAAUAACAGAGGGCACACAUGCCUACCUGCAGCAAUGUUGCAGUGAUUACAUUUGCAAGGUUUUUUUUUUUACUAUAGCGAUUCCAAGUGUUAUAUAUUUAUACUGUCUACGUUUUAAUUAUUUUUCAUCCCACAAUUUUAGCCUUGAAUGUGUGCCUUAAGCUUCUCUGAGAUCAGUGAGGAUUAUAAAAUGCUAGUGAAGAUAUAUUCAACUCGAAAAUUAUAUUUUUGUAUUUUUUGUUUUCAUAGGGGGCAAUAUUUACCCACAAUUUCCCUAAUAUUCAUAUCCAUUCAACUAUAGAUUUGCAAAAAUUAGUUCAUAGAAAUUUUUUCUAGGAAAGCUAAUUAUUUUUGUCAAGAUUUUUUCUUGGUUGCCCUUACUUGAUGACACACAUAAAUACCAUGUAGCAAUAACCAAUCAAUACUUACUAAGACUGCAUAUAAAUACAAAAAAUACUUAUGUUUCUGAUUUGUAAUAGGUAAAACAGUUAUUCUUGAAUGGAAUAACAAAAUCACUUGAAGCUCAAAAGGAAGAAUACAUACAUAGCUACUAGAAGUUUGACUGCAAAAAUUCUCAUUGACCCUUAAACAAAAUUGUCUUCGUAAACAUCUUUUGAACAGAAUCACUAGUUUAAAUUAUAUUCUUAGCAAAAUAAUUGAACCUUAUACAAACAUACUUAUCAGUAACUGCUUUUGUCAAAUAAACAAUAUGAUUAUUCAAUGGGGACAUGUCAUGCAUAUGCUGAUUCAAAGAGGAAAAAAAUGUCUUUUCGUCUUACAAAUACUUUGCACGUCCUUAGACAGGUAUGUUAGUCCACCUCUAUCUUUCUGUGCAAUUAAUGAAUUUUCAGCAUUUCGCUCUGGCAACUGGUAGGUACAUCUUAAAUUGGUAAUUCCUGAAAAACACUAAAAAUAUUUUACAGCAUUUUUAAUGUAGCUAUACUAACCUAACCUACAAUCUUGUGUUGUUACUAACCUAGCCUAAUCAAACACUAUCCAUAUUUGACUACUUCGAAAGAAAUAUUUUCGAAAUUGAUUUUAUUACUUUAAUUACGGAAAAGUUACGCCGAGGGAAUUUUAUAACAAAAUGAUACUAAACCACACUGCAUAAAACUAAAAGUGAAAUGUUUUACAGAUUAAAUCACUUCUCCUCAUCCAUUUCCUCACCAUAUUUUUUAAGUUAAGUCUUAUAAUCAUCGACGAUAAAAUUGGUACAUUAUUGGGCUUUGGUAAAAGCAAGCUGGUAGCACAGUGUUGCAAAUUUAAAAUAGGGUGAAAUUAUGCGAAAUCAACUACAAAACAAGACGUACUGAAGUAAAAACUAUAAUUUAUUAAGAAAUAACAAGACAUUACAUAAAUGUAUAUAAUUUGGACAACAAAAAUCAAUGGAAAAUAUAUUAUGGUUUCAUGCAGAUAACACAAUCUAUUUUAUUUCAUUUUUUUUUAUUUUUUUCAAUCCACCUGCAGAUCCCUACAUGAGCCAACAGCUCAAGGGAUAUCGACCUUGUCAUAUUAUAAACAAAAAUUAAACAUAGUUAAAAUUGCAAUAAAAUAAUCAAGUUUACAAUUAUAAUGAAUUUUGCUAAUCUACACUUUCAACAAAUAAUCACAAAUUUUAUAAUUUCCACAACACAACAAACAGUACAUAUUUUUCAUUUAAUAUACUCUGAAUCAUUUGUAGGGUGUCCUAUUAAUUAUAUAGCAAAUUACAUAUUAUUUAUAUUGUCAUUACAAGGUGUUAUUUCACCAGCUAAAUAAAUAUUUUUUUCCUUUGAUGUAUUCUCUAACAACUUUUUUGAAUUCAUUAAAAUUUUGUAGUAAUAUAAUUUCUUUAGGUAGUUUAUUAAAUAGUGUUAUACCUCUUAAGUGUGGAAUUUUGGUUUCAGUUUAUAGUUAUAUCUUGUGAUAUAUGGUCCAGUAUGUUCAGAUUCUACAAAAUUAUUUACAAUUUUACAAAUAAGAGCAACCUAUAAAUACAGUACGAAAAAAAAGGGAAUAUAUUCAACUCAGUAAAUAAAGGUUUACAUGAGGCUCCUGUAUCAGCUAAACAUAUAAUACAUAUGGUUUUUUUUUUGCAAUCUAAAAAUUUUAAUACUAUUACUACACUUACCCCAUAUUUCAAUUACAUUAUACCAUGUGUGUGUGAAAAAGUGCAAUGUAUGCAGUUCGUAGAGAAUUUCUGUCUAUAAUUUGGCUAAGAAUUCUGAGGGCGUAGCAAGCUUUACUUAAUUUAUGAAUAGUUUGAUUGAUAUGUUCAUUCCAUUUUAAUUUAUCAUCAAUAUGUAAGCCCAAGAAUUUAGUUGAUUCAGUUUGACUUAUCGCUUGAUUCUGAAAUUCAGAUAAUACUUGAUCUAGCAGUCUUUUAUUACCAAAUUUAAUUACUUUUGUUUUAUUUAUAUUAAGUUUUAAAUUAUUUGCAUCAAACCACUUAUUCAAGUUAAUUAUUUCAAAUUCGGUUUUAUUUUUUAAUUCCAAUAUAUUUUCUGCAGUUAUAAGAAGAUUUGUGUCAUCAGCAAAAGAUACCUACUCGUACAAAAUUGUACUUACAAAAGAGUCAGAAUUUUUUCAUUAGUUUUCCUUAUCCCUAUAUUUACACAUGAGUUAUCCAUCAAGUCAAAUCUGUGUGGGAUUGUACAUACCGCCACUUUUGUGUUACAUAAUGAAGGUAAUACAUAUUUCAAAAUGAGAUACACAGUUUUUGAUUAUUUCUUUAACACGUAAUUUCCACCUGCUACUAUAACUAUCUCAUCUUCUUUCUUGAGACAUGUCUUGUCUUCUCUUAUUCCUCUCACCACUUCAAUUAUAGAAGCUCCUGGUUUGAUAUAAACUUACUUGUGAAAUGUAAUUCCCGUCUGCUUUUUCGCUAGCCUAUUUGUACAACCAUAAGCACAACACAAAUUUUUUGAUUCUUUCUUGAACACGUAAUUUCCACCUGCUACUAUAACUAUUUCAUCUUUCUUGAGACAUGUCUUGUCUUCUCUUAUUCAUCUCACCACUUCAAUAAUAGAAGCUCCUGGUUUGAUAUAAACUUACUUGUGAAAUGUAAUUCCCGUCUGCUUUUUCGCUAGCCUAUUCGUACAACCAUAAGCACAACACGACAUUGUUUUAUUUCAUUAAAAACACCAUUUCAAACUUGUAUUCGCCGUUUGUUUUGGUCGCAUUAGUGGGCGUGUCCCAAAAAGCAAAAUGACUUCAGCAUCCACGCCAAACAAUCACUCCCUAACUUCUUACCUCCAUGAAGCCGACGGAAAAUGAAGAGUUCAGAAUGUCAUCGAUUACUGUCACAGCUGUGGGAUCUCCGUGCAUUCUUGGAGAAGGUCCAUUUUGGGAUGCAGAGACUCAAGUUCUCUACUAUGUUGAUAUUUUGGGUCAGGAAGUUCGGAGAUACAAUCAUAAAACCAGGAAGGAGACUUUUAUCAAAAUAGAUGCCGGGCAGCCAACUUUUGUGUUGCCAAUCAAAGGAGAGAAGAACAAAUUACUAAUAAGCAUGACUCGCAAGCUGGCGGUUGUGACUUGGGACGGCGAGAGUCCUGCCCCAGACUCCGUCCAGGUGGUUGGGUCCGUCGAAGAGGACAGGCCACGUAACAGGUUUAAUGAUGGGAAAGCUGAUCCAAGCGGCACUCUCUGGGCAGGAACGAUGGGCGUUGAGAUAAGUCCUGGAGUGUUUCCCAAGGAUGCUGGUGCUUUCUAUUCGUUUAUGGACCUCAAGUCUCCCAUGAAACAUUUUGGGAACGUGGGAGUAGGUAUCGAAUGGGUUGGUGUGGACGAGAGAUAUGAAGACAAUGUAUUACAUAGAUACCGAGACGUUCAAGCGAAUCGACGUACAGUGAUUGACUUCAAGGUGAAAGCUCCAGAUGUACGCCCGGAUGGGAUGACAAUAGAUGCGGAUGGAAAACUGUGGGUGGCCAAUGUCAUUGGAUCUAAGAUUAUUCGCGUGGAUCCGUCGUCGGGGACCAUUAUGCAGGAGGUAGCUGUUCCUUCACGAAGAGUGACUAGUGUGACGUUUGGGGGGCCGGACUUGGACGAACUGUACGUGACCACGACUAAAGUGAAUGUGUCACAAGAAGACCUGAAGAAGUGGCCCCAGAGUGGCUCAACAUUCCUCGUCACCGGUCUUGGGGUGAAGGGCUAUGCAGGCGAUCGUGUUGUGCUAUCCUAUUAACAAAGUUGCCAGUCCUAGCAAUUAUUAUACACUAGUGAUGGGCACCAUGGAAUAAAAACAAUGGACUAAAUCGAUAGUAUGAAACUAUCGUUAUUCACGCUUUAACAUUGAAAUCAGUCGAUUAAAUUUAUUCAUUAGUCAUUCAGUGGUCCUGAUGUUGUGUUUGUUGGUUUGUAGUAUUAACAAAAAUUAAUCUUCACUUUAAGCUACAUUUUUCAUGAUUAUACUUUAUGGUAGGGGUGUGCGAAUAGUGGAUUUUGAUGGUCGAAUAAUUUCGAAUCGAAUAGUAAAAUUUUCGAAUAGAAU